AUGGACUUCGGCGGUAGCUGGGAGGAUCACUUGCACUUGGUGGAGUUUGCAUACAAUAACAGUUACCACUCAGCGAUUCAGAUGGCACCAUUCGAGGCAUUAUAUGGCAGAGCAUGUAGAUCUCCUACUUUAUGGGACGAGGUUGGAGAAUCGUCAGUCUUGGGACCCCAGCGUAUUCAGCGUGAUGCAGAGUUGGUUGGCACCAUCAGACGCAGAAUGACAGAAACUCAGGACCGACAGAAAAGCUAUGCAGAUCGGAGACGGAGACCUUUGGAGUUCUCUGUGGGUGAUCAUGUGUUCCUGCGAGUGUCUCCUACCAAGGGAGUUAGGAGAUUUGGAUUGAAAGGGAAGUUAGCUCCUCGUUACAUCGGACCCUUUCAGAUACUUGAGAGGAUCGGUGAGGUAGCAUAUCGACUGGCGCUGCCUCCUUCACUUGCCGGGGUGCAUGAUGUAUUUCACGUAUCUAUGUUGAGGAAAUAUGUACCACACCCUACGCAUAUUUUGGCUGAUGUCUCGAUCACCCUUCAGCCAGAUGUAGCAUAUGAGGAGGCUCCAGUGCGGAUAUUGGAUCGUAAGGAACGCCAGCUGCGAAACAAGACAAUCCGAUUGGUCAAGGUUGGAUGGGAGCAUCAUUCCGAUGACGAGGCAACCUGGGAGCUGGAGGAUGAGAUCCGAGCGCGGUACCCACAGUUGUUUGAUGAAGUGGCUUGCUGUGAGGGGCUCGGCCACAACUCUCAGCUGCUGUUCUUCACCCGGGAAACAUCAGUGGCAUACCGUGAGGUGUUCUGCCACAAUCUCCCGCUACUGUUGUUCAUCCGGGAUUCCUUGGGUAAGACCCCUGCCAAUACAGAUGUUAGCUCUGUUAAGAGCUCAGAUAUGUGGAUCUACAAUGUGGGCAGCAUCCGUGUACUAGUGCCGGCGAUUUCAACUUCUGACAGCAAGUUAUCAGUGGGGAGACUUCUGUGA